AUGCGAGAGGCGGCCUACCAAGGAGUGUCAGUCUACGGUAUAUCUGAUGCGUGGGUUAAGGAGAUACGUAUUUUCUGCAAUGUUGUGAACUUCGAGCUCGCGUUAAUUAGUUCGAAGAAUAUUGAUGAAGAAUCCAUAUUCUUCGAAAUAAAUGAGCCAGGUAGAACAAUAAUUUUCCAACUUCGUUAUUCCUUGUUGGACGAGUUCUCGUCCGGUCGAUGCAUCAAAAUUUGUAUUGUUUCGUUAGUAGAGUUGAACGCUCGUCUUUUCGUUAUUCUCACGCUGGUCUCGUUUCCGCUUGUAUCGAGCAGCCUCAAGCUUGGCUUCACGGUUCAUCGCACGGAAGCCGCGACUGUACGACGGCGGAAGUCGGAGGCCGAACUUGGCACUGACGAGGCGCUCGACUGCGGACGACUCGCAGUGGACGAACACGGCAAAACUUCAUCAGAACACGAUCGUCCAGUGCAGCGUCGUCGACGUUUCACCCGGAAGCAACGCAAGUCGGUGACGAUCGACCCCGAGACCAGUCUCAUACUUGCCACUCGUCGUUACUCCAGCUCGAGCGAAGACGACGAUCAGGGAUCGGCCAUUCGAUCGAAGCCUGCCGAACGGCUAAGCAAUACCCGCGCCUUGUCGGUAUCGGUGAACAUACUCACGCCAAAGGAGAUCGUUAAAACACCCAGAGGCCCAGCAGCCCGUCGUGCUGGCCGUCGCAGUGCUCUGCUCAAGUCGAGGGCGGUCGCCGCUUCUACGACCAACUUGGAUCAGUUAAAGACCGCCGCGAGCAGCUUAAAGUGGGAAGGGCGUUCAAUGAGUGUGAGGGAUUUGAACGGAGAAGAGUUCGACUUCUCCAAUAAGGACUCCGUAACCAGAUGGACCUCACAAAUUCUUGCUGAACUGGAUUCAUUGCCAUCAAGCUGCAUAGAUUUGGCACAGCAUGAAAAGACAGAUAGUUUUUCUGUGUUCAGUCAAAAAACUGACGGGAAGAAUCAAAAUUCCUCUCUCAAGAAUGGCGGUCUAAAUUUCUCACCGCUAAACGAUCGUGCAGGCAUCAAACCACCUCCUGUGCCUCCUCAUCGACAGUCGAUGUGCGAACCGAAGACGAUCGUUGACAGUCGAUGUGCUAAAGAUAAACUCAUGACAUCCUCAGUAAUCGAGCCGAUGACGUCAACAUUCGGCUCAGUGCAGAGUACUUCAAGCAAGUCGAAAUCACCGGUAGGACUGGGCGUAGACAUGACGUCAUCGGUCUACAGCGUGGAUUCGUGGAUUUCAUCAUUCGAGACCCUCAUGUCGUCGUCGUUUCAUGAUCCCAUUUCCGGUGGCUCAACUUACUCGACAACGAGCAGCCAGAACAGGGCGUUCACAAAGGAUAGCGAGGAUUCAAGUGCGACGUUUGUAGUGUCAUUGUCGGAUUCAAACGGUGAUGAGACACCGCAGGCUUUCACACCGUUGCCUACUGAGGAGGCGAGAGAGUUUCUAUAG